AUGAAUACCUUAGACAAAGAGAAGGUUUUGUUCUUCUGUUGUGAUAUUUAGGAUGUUUUUAAUAAUGAAGCCAAUUAAAAGAAUUAUAAUUGUUUGUAGGUUAUAGAAUGUGCAUGUUUGAUGAAUGAAUUCGCUAAAGUUUAUGACAUACCCAUAAUUGUCUCAGAAUAAAACCCUAAGGUUUUUGGAAGCACAGUUCAAUAAUUAAAGAACACAUUCACAUAAAACACUCAUUUUUACGAGAAGUUUACUUUCACGAUGCUGUCUGAUAAAGGAUUAGAAAUAUUAAAACAGUAUCCAAAUAGAAAUCAGGUUGUGAUUUACGGAUUAGAAACCCAUAUUUGUGUUUAACAAACAUGCUUGGAUCUUAUAAAGUUAGGCUACUAAGUUUAUGUAUUGACUGAUGGUACUUCAAGUAGUAAGCCAUUAUUUAGAUCAACUGCGUAUGAAAGAUUAAAAUAAUGUAAUGUAUAUUUAGAGACUUCUCAAUCUGUAAUGUAUACAUUAAUGUAAACCUCUUAAAAUGAGAAAUUUAGAGAGGUUUUAAAAUUAGUAAAAAAAUAUUAGUUUUAAAACAUAUUUCCAAGUUUAUGA